ACACGCGGGCAGGUAUGGGCUGCAAACGAUUAUCUUCCAGCCCAGCCAGUGGAAAGAAAGAAGUUGGAUUUCUCUGGUAACAAUUAGUGAUGAGGGGAGCUCCACUCGUUCUCGUCUGUGCUAGUAUUACUGGUUAGGCUGUAACAGGCGGCGAGCUCUCACCCUCCAGAAACACAUAGAAGGAGCAGUGAAGGAACGAACGCUGGUUUACCUAGAGGUGCUGUCGGGAGUGCCGCAUCCGGUCACAGCUGUCAGCUAGUUGGAAUGGGAUUGAGUCUGGGGCUCGGAGCAAAUUUCACCGAUCUCCCAGUUCCACUCGCCCGGCCUGUUCCCGGCGCAUUUCUCCAGUUGCCCUCAACAUUGGGGCCGGCGCGUUGUAUUGGAUGCUGACGGUGACGGCCCGAUGGCUCUCAGUUCCAGGGCCCACGCUUUCUCUGUGGAAUCUCUCGUGGGGAAUUCCCUGAAGAGAACAAACGAAGACACUGGAAAUGGGCAGCUGAGAGACGGACUUAACGCCGCGCAGAAUCAGCCUGGGCGCCCCAAAUUGGAGGAACACGAGCAAUCUGAAGCCGUAGCAGAAGGCGACAAAAUCAGCAGUUCUCCGUCUCCCAGAUCGCUCGGCGGUGACUCGGAUGAUCUACAGGUGGAACUGCAAGGAGCGGAUCUUUGGAAGAGAUUUCAUGAGAUCGGAACCGAGAUGAUCAUCACAAAAGCUGGCAGGCGCAUGUUUCCCGCGGUUCGGGUGAGGAUCAGAGGCCUGGAGUCUGAGAGACAGUAUUACAUCGCUAUGGAUAUUGUCCCUGUGGAUUCCAAGAGAUACAGGUAUGUGUACCACAGUUCACAAUGGAUGGUGGCUGGGAACACCGAACAGUCACCGAUGGCACCCCGACUCUACGUCCACCCCGACUCGCCAACGUCAGGGCAGUCCUGGAUGAAACAGAUCAUCAGCUUCGACCGGGUAAAGCUCACCAACAACGACAUGGACGAGAAAGGACAUAUUAUACUGCAAUCCAUGCAUAAAUAUCGUCCGCGAAUCCAUGUGGUAGUGAAAGAGGCGGAUUUGGACAUGUCUAUACAUCAGUUCCUCCCUUCAAAUGGAGUGCAGACAUUCACAUUCCCGGAGACUGAAUUCACCACCGUCACAGCCUACCAGAACCAGCAGAUUACAAGGUUGAAAAUUGACAGAAAUCCUUUCGCCAAAGGUUUCAGGGAUCCAGGGAGAAACAGGAUUGGCCUGGAGCGAGUGAUGGACAAUUACCCAUGGCGGCCGACAAACUGCCGAUCACCACUGGAUUUCCAACCACUUAACAUCCAAAAGCCAGUCGGGUACCCAGACUCGGCGUUGGGCAAUUCCAGCGCCGGGACUCUGACAUCUCUCAGCUCGGAGCUCUUCCCGAUGUGCUCAGCGCCGGGACUGUUUCACCUGAACGCCAGCUCCCUAGCGGUGACUUGCCGAACCCCUCGACGCUGCAGUCUAGACGGGCCGGCUCGGAGUCUGGGGGCCCAGCACUUCAACCCGCCAGCCAGCGACAAUUCGCCCCACGACCUCUUGAUCACGCAGAGAGGUCCGCCGCUCAUGUUUCGGUUCCCUUCCGUGUCCCCACUCGCUUCAAGCAACGGGAAAAGUGGGCACGGCUUGCAACUGGCGCCCAGCGCGGCGUACCCCCACCUUCAAAUGAUGCACCCGGCUAGCGCCGUGUCCCAGAGCCAACGCGGCGUGUACAGCUGGGCUGCGCGGCGCCCCCACACUCUCUAUGGGUACCAUUUAUCCGCACCCACCUCGCCCACAGCUCCCCUUAAACUGACAAGCCCUCUGCCUGAAAACGCCCCGGGGACCGAGCGGAUCCUCCGGUGUGGCAAGACUGGGCAGUGGCCCCAACCUGUCAGCCACUGCCUGUGACUGGGUGAGGAGGUGAGAUCGGGGAGGUGUGGAACGCUAUCCACUGAGACUUGCGCCCUAUAAUACAGCGCUGAAGUGUUUCGUCAGAGUUGCCCGCCUGGGUACGAGCACCGAUUUAUUCACAGACGUGACCGACUUAUGCCAUUAACAACAAAGGGCAAUAUACAAAUAGGGGGAAUCGUAAAGCGCCGAGCUGAGCAGAACAAAUCCAAAUUAAAUGGGUCAUUGAUUCUAAUUUCGUUGCCGGACUGAAGCCCGUUCAACCUCAAGAACCAGCAACAAGCCCACUGUACAUUUUUGAGUUUGGGCAGAGACAAGGGGCGAAGUUACUCCAGCAUUUUCGGUGUGAACAAGUAUCUGCAGUUCUUUCCUACACAAGGGUGAAUUUAUGUUGCUUUUCGACAGUCUUAACUACACACGAACCCUUUCAUGCAUUUGAUGCCUCCCCUUCAGUAUUUGAAAGAAUAUGCCAUUCUGUGAACAUCAUCACAAACAGUAGUUCAUUUUGAACUAUUUAUCUACGGGUAUAUCGGCAACCUUACAUUAAUAAAGCAUUACUGGAAACUGAAUGGUUAGCAGCAGAAAUAUUCACAAAAUGCGGCGGCGUGCUGUUGAUCAUUAAGAAGUCUGUAAUGUCUUGCUGACAAAACACACCAGGAUAUAACACACCAGCCAGUCCCGCACAUCUGGGAUAUAUUGCAAACUCUUCGUUUAGUAGAAGAGUAUGAAGAAGAGUUCGAACAAAACGUCACCUAUUCCUUUUCUCCAGAGAUGUUGCCUGUCCCGUUGAAUUACUCCAGCUUUUUGUGUCUACCUUCGGUUGAAACCAGCAUCUGCAGUUCCUUCCUAUACAAGGGAAAGGGUGUUCAGUUUCACUUCAGUUUAGUUUAGUUUAUUGUCACGUGUACCUAGAUAUGGUGAAAAGCUUUAGUUGCGUGCUAUCCAGACAGCAGAAAGACAAUCUAUGAUUACAAUCGAGCCACUACAGUGUACAGAUACAUGAUAAGGGAAUGACGUUUAGUGCAAGGUAAAGCCAGCAAAGUCAAGUCAAGUCAAGUCACUUUUAUUUAUAUAGCACAUUUAAAAAACAACUCUCAUAGGCCAAAGUGCUUUAGAUUGGUGGAAGUACAAACCAAAUCCAAUCAAGGAUAUUCCUAUGGUCACCAAUAAGAUAUACAAUAGUUCAGCACUUCAUUCUGGUAGGAUGAUUCAGUUGCCUGAUAACGGGUUACCCAAAGCUAUCCGAUUUUAUCGUGGAUUGAAAAAAAAAACCCAAUUUCACAGAGAUCUAUGAUCAAAAUCAAAAAGCCAGAUUUUAAUAAAAACAUAUAAUGGAUAGAAAAUUAUUUCCACGUAAACAAAAAAAUAUCUCCCUAUUGUUUUUAAUUUCAACAGAUCCCAAUUUAUUUCCAGCAUUUGUUAGUAUGUACUGUGAAAUAAACAUAUUGGCUCAGGAUGUUCCAUGAUUAUUAUGGGAUCAUUAAUUGUUGGAUAGUCCUUGCGGUAUUUGGUUGAUGAAAGAGUGCGUUGUUCGUCAGCAUUAGUUCUGCAGUGGCCGGACUGGCUAUUUCUGUGUCUGCACUACAGGGAACUAAGUCUGAACAAAGAAACAUAAAUUGGCAAUUUAAUCGGGCUAAUAAAAAAAAGUUUGACACUUUAAAACAAUCCAAAGCAUUUUGUGGAAAUUGUAGGUACACAAAAAUGCUGGAGAAACUCAGCGAGUGCAGCAGCAUCUAUGGAGCGAAGGAAAUAUGUGACGUUUCGGGCCAAAACCCUUCUUCAGACUGUUUACCUGCAGAACAGUUAUUAUUACUCUUCAAAAUAACAAUCAGUGAAGUCCUUUGGGAUAUUGAAGAUAUAUAUUUAGAUCAUUCCUAUAUCAUCCCGCGCUAGAGUUAAGGAAUAUAUUACAGGUAUAUUAUUAAUAUAUUCCUAAUGAGGAGAAAGCCCGAAUAUCACCUCAGCUUUAAAGAUAUCAAAUGGCUGGAACAUAGAUGGAUAUGUUAGUAAUUCUGCAGAUAACAUUGUGAUUGCUGCAGUCACGGACUGUGAGGAAAGCUGUCAAAGUAUACAGCGAGAUAUAGAUCAGCUACAGAAAAGAGUAGAGAGAUGGAGUUUAAUCCGAACAAGUGUGAGGUGUUGCACUUUGGGAGCUCACAUGUAAGGGGAAAAUAUUAAUGGCAUGACCCUUACUAGCAUUGAUGUACAGAGGGAUGUUGGGGUCCAAGUCCAUCAUUCCUUGAAAGGGCACUGCAAGUAGAUAGAGUGGUAAAUAAUGCAUAUAGUAUGCUUGCUUUCAGUAGGUCAGGGCAUUGAGUCUGAGAAUCAGGAUGACAUGAUGCAGGUUUAUAGGACGUUGGUUUGGCCUCAUUUGGAGUAUUGUGUGCAGUUCUGGUCGACCCCUUACCAGAAGGACGUGGAGGCUUUGGAAGGAGGGGGUUUAGAGGGCAUAGUUUUGAAGUGAGAGGGGCAAAGUUUAAAGGAGAUGUGCAGGGCAGGUUUUUUACACUGAGAAUGGUGAUUGCCUUGAACGGGCAGUGGGGAGCGGGGAGCGGGGAGCGGGGGUGGUUGAAGCAGAAAGUUAGUGGCAUUUAAAAAACCUUUGGAUAGGGAAAUGGAUAUGCAGGGAAUGGUGGAAUAUGGGUUACGUAUGUGAUGGCAUAAUGCUUGGCACAGACUUGUGAGCUGAACCACCUAUUCCUGAGCCAUACUGUUCAAUGUUCUAUGAUAUUACAACGCUAGCUAAGUUUCCUUGAUGCAAAGCGAUUUGGAUUGUGAGAAGAACUACACAAAUGACUCACUUAAAAAAAAAAGAUUAACAAAGAAGAAAGGAUUAAUAUUCCUUUCUUCCCUUAUAAUGAGUUUGAGGGAAGAGGAGUGGGAGAAAGCUUGGGUGUGAAGCACAUUAGCACCAAGAUAAAAUAGCCACAAUGAAGGGCUACAGUGGUGCUAACAUUUGAUGUAACUAAGUUUCGCAACAGCAACAUAAUUAUUUAUUUAUAUAGAACUUUUUAAUAAAGGAAAACUUCCCAAGGUGCUUUAAGUUACUUUAAACAAAAAUAUUUGAACAGUAUUUAAGUAUAUGAUAAACUACUUUUUAAAUAUUUGUUUGAUUAUACGGAAAUUCAGUUUGUGCAGCCAAUUGUUGAAUUUCUUUAAUUAUUCCAGUAUGGUGAUAUUAAAACAAGCAAAGGAAGCCAAGUGCUCCUGCUAGUUAUAACUUGAAACUUUUUUUAGAUUUGGUAUCAGUCUGACAAGGUUGCAAGAAAGGUUUUUUAAAUGUCAAGGAGAUAAUAAUAUGGUUUGACAAUUUUAUCUAUUACAUUUUACAGCAAGUAAGUGAUGAAUACCAGUCUGAAACUGAAAUUUGCAAAGUACAAUAUCAAUGUGGCACAUUAGGGGAUAUGAUCUCUGCAUAAUGUUUGUGCUUUUUGAGAGUCCGGUACCCAUCAACUGUUAGAAGAACCCAAGUGUGAUUUUCAAAUGAGGGUUUAUAUAGUCAUACUGAACCUAACAUGAAAUAGGUGUGCUCUCUGAUCACCAAUGAUAAUCAGUGUUUUCACAUUUCAUGCUUUAGUUCUGGUGAGAAUGAUAUCAAGUUGUUCUGUAAAUUUUGCUUUCACAUUAAAUUAAAGUGCAAUUUUAACCAUGCUGUUGCCUGUGAUCGUGACAAAAGUUUUCUUACUUAAGUAAUUGCCAAUAUUUACAUUGUUUAAAAAGGAACUGCAGAUGCUGGAAAGUCGAAGGUAGACAAAAUGCUGGAGAAACUUAGCGGGUGAGGCAGCAUCUAUAGAGCAAAGGAAAUAGGCAACGUUUCGGGUCAAGACCCUUCUUCAGAGGCUCAUGCAGGAUAUAUCGAUGCAUGACAUCCUCAUCUUCUGAUGGGAAAUUAUUACUCACAGUAAGUGCGCAGGGUACAAAUUUAUGGGUGGUAUAGAAAACAGAAGAGUACAUCACAAGAACAGGCCCUACAGCCCACAAUAUCUGUGCCAAACUCAAUGCCGACUACCUCUUAACCUUUGCAACCUUUCCAAAGCCACCACAUGCUUCCUGUAAUGGAGUGACCCGAACUGCACACAAUAUUCCAAAUGUGGCCUAACUAAAAUCCUGUAGAACUGCAUCAUGAUAUCAUCCUGAAAGGGUACAAAGUGCGGGAGUAACUCAGGCAGCAUCCCUGGAGAACAUGGAUAGGUGAUAUCUCUGGUUGAGGCCAUUCUUCUGACUUUCCUCUCUCUGAUGGGAGUUUUAUAUCACCCUCUCUCACUGCCUCCCCCUCUCUGUGAUUCCUGCUGUUCUCCGCCUCUAUGUCUAUGUUUUAACGCAGACUUGCUACCACAGUCACGUGUGUUUCCUCAACGCCUGCCUAUGCUGCCAUCUCCUCCCUCAUAGCAUCCUGAGUCCUAUACUCAAUGUCCUGAUCUAUGACGAAAACUGGAUCAUAUGCCGUC